GGUAGGGUGCUCUCGGGCGUCGCGUGCUUGUGACGCUACAACACGGUGCGUCGCACGGAUAUGACAUCACUUCCGGGACGGGCAUAGCGGGAGGGAGGCUGGCGCACAGCGGUGACGUCACUCGGAGGCGCCCGCGCUGGCGGCGGGUUGGGGCGCAGGAUGGCAGCGGAGGCCGGACGCGUGCAGAUCUCCUUCCCGCAGCACGCGGCCGCGCUGCUGGACUCGCUGAACCGCCUGAGGCUGGAGGGGAAGUUCUGCGACGUGGCGGUGCACGUGGGGGGCCGCGUCUUCCCCGCCCAUAAAAGCGUCCUGGCGGCCGCCUCGCCGUUCUUCCACGACAAACUGCUGCUGCAGGACGGGAGCCGCCUGCUGCUGCCCGCCGCCAUCGACCCCGACGCCUUCGAGGGGCUCCUGCACCUCAUCUACUCCGGGAGGCUGACGCUGCUGCUGGAGGCGCUGCCGGGGCACCUGCUGGUGGCCAGCGGGCUGCAGAUGUGGCACGUGGUGGAUCAGUGCUCCGCCGUGCUCAGGGAGCUGGAGGGCGGGGGGUGUCGCUGGGGGGGGCGCGGGGACGCGGUGCUUUGCGGGGACCCAUGGCUCUGA